CUCAUUCCACAGAACAAUCUUGAAUCAAACGUACUUUUCUUCUCGGCCUUCCAAGUUGUAUUCUAUAUUUAAUUACGCUAGAGGUCACCGUCACACAUACAAAUGCAAUUCGCAAGUGAGUUAAAGACAGCAAGAAAGGAUGAAUGAUAAACCUGUAUAAUCACCCACCAUGGCUACAACACCGAUGGAGCAAUGGAGUAUUCGAGAGAAGCUAUGUUUAGCUUCAUCAGUGAUGCGCAGCGGAGAUCAAAACUGGGUGUCGGUGAGCAGAGCUAUCAAACCCUUUAUGGAACCUAACAGACCAUCGGACUGGUUCUCACAAAAGAAUUGUGCUAUACAAUAUUCAGCAAUGUUGGAGGCAGUGGAUACACCCAAGAGGAAGAGGAGUGGUGAUAAGGGAGAGGUGGAGACCCCUGUUGACCUUGUGGUCCGCCGUAUGACCCAGGAAAGGAUCGAAGAACUAAGGCAUCAGAUCUCAGAUGAUCGUAGGAAGUUCAAGCAGCUUCAAGAAGAGAUUCACAACAUACAGAGCGGUCAGUUGGAUGACCAGCUUCCGAAGAUAUGGGCGGAAAUACAGGAAAAGAAGCGUCUAGAAGAAGAAGCUUUAGAAAACAAGAGGUUAGCAGCAGAGGCAAAGGCUGCAGCAGUAGCAGCAGCCAAAUUGAAAGCCAGUUUACAGUCCCCCAACAAGAAACGUCCUCCCAUACGACCUCCAAAGGCCACGCCUUCAAAGCCUCAGACCACAACCACUCCUACAGAGGAGGAGGAGCCUACCGUGGAAUCAGAGCCAAUCAUCUCAGUGGAAAGUUCAGAAGCUGCCCCUAGCAUAGAUGUGGAGCAAGGAAUACCUGAUGAUGACCAGUCUCAGCCUGCAUUACUCUCAUCACUACUCACCACUCAAGAGGAAGAAGAGAAGAAGGCUAAGAAAGAUGGUGGUCAAGCAUCGGAGGCUGUUACAAUAGAUGAAUUCACCCAUAUUUUCUCAGAUAGCAGUAAGACCACACCCCCUAAGGAACCAGAGAAACAGAAACAGCUCACAACAACCAAAGUCAAAGACACCCCUACCCUUUCUAAGCUUCUUCUCCCAUCCCCCCUGUCAGAAAGUGGAACAACCCCAGACAGAGAAGGAGCAGAUGCUGCAGCAGACGAGUCCAUUGUAGAUGAAGGGGAGGAGAUUCUGCCAGAGAAAAAGAAAAAGGAAAAUGAAACGAAAGAAGAUGUUCAAAAAGACGUCCAAAAAGAUAUUGUCGAAGUUGCACAAGAAAAGCUGACAGAGGAGCCUUCAGCGAAAGCAGCUGGAGAUAAGACAACUACAGAGCUCUUGGAAGAGAGUAAACCGGAUCCUGAAGUUCGUAAAGCUGAGUCUGGAGGAGGCAAGCUCCUUCGAUCUCACCAUGAACCUCUUGACAUGGAGCCUGUAUCGCCAGGAACUCAGGGCAAGAUAGAGAAGAAGAGAGGGAGGGGUCGUCCUAGCAACGCAUCCAGGAAGAGUACUAGGACAAAGACUAGACAGGACGAUGAUGACGAAGACACAGUGAUGAGUUUUGAUGAUCUCAAAGACGAGACUAGGAGUGAUGCUGCUGAUUCUGAAGAUCACGAUAGACCAUCAGAGAGUGAUGAUGCAUCUGUUGCCAAUUUGCAGACCUCCCUCUAUAGUGAUUCAUUACCAAACAGUCCAUCUUCUGUGCCACAUAGUGAAGAGGACCAUGCCUAUAGACUGUGGAGGAAGGCCAUUAUGUUGGUAUGGAGGGCUGCUGCAAGCCACAAGUACGCUAGUGUGUUCCUCCACCCUGUUACAGAGGACAUUGCCCCAGGUUACUGCAGUAUCGUUCACCAGCCAAUGGACCUUAUCACUAUCAAGAAGAAGAUAGAGAAUGGAACAAUCCGGACAACGGAGGCCUUCCAUCGAAACAUCUUGAUCAUGUUUCAGAAUGCAAUCAUGUAUAAUAGCUCAGACCAUGAUGUACACAACAUGGCAGUCAGUAUGCAGAAUGAUGUCAUUAGCUUUAUAGAGGAAUUCAUUUCAACCCAAUUAAUGGUACAGCAACCAGACUCUUCUAAGGUUUUAAGAGGAAGAGAUACCAUGGCUAGGAGGUCAGAUGUCGGCACAAAGGAUGAGGAAGGUAAAGCAAGGCGUAGUUCAACUGAUCACCAGGAGACAAGUGGGAAGAAGAGGAGGACGAGAGCUGAUGAAUAUUAGACAUUUUUUUACCUCAUAUGGACACAAUCUGCUUCUUCUUGAAGAAGCAACUAUUUCUGUGAAUAUGGUGGAAAUGUCAAAUGAGGAAAGAAAACAAAUAGGUCAUCUACAUCUCACUUGGAGACAAAUGUAGUGAAAGUGAAGGACAGGAGUUGAAGAUUAUUCAAAUUUAUUAAUGUCUGUACAUGGACACUCUACCAUUCAUUUAUCAAUGUAUCUCUCACAUUAUCCCUAAUACUUCAGUAUUUACUUCAGAAGAUCUAUUUAGCAACUGCUUUGUCGUUCAAUGUAGAAGUUUCAUCGUACAUUUAUAUUUCGUGUGCAUAUAUUUGGUCGUGAGAAGGACCAUCCACACUCAAUGUUUCAGCACAUAUUUAUGUGCCAUCUUCAUGAGAAUGAGCGAAGCAGGCAGUAUAUAUACUUCAACAGUCCCGUAUGCACAGAGCUUUGAUUGGUUAUGAAAAGUGACUGGUUCAUAGGCAAUGAUUUCUCUUCUUUUUUUUUGGGGGGGGGAAGGCGGGACGAGAUGGCCUCUCCCAAAGGCUCCUGUACAAACUUCAAGGAUGUGGUAUUCCCCUGGAAUCAUAGCAAAUGUACCGGUGCAUCGCUAUCUGUUGGAAUCUUGGUACAAAUCACACUCAUCCCCCCUUUCCUUCUUCAAAGGAAAGAAUGAUUUUGUUUUCUUUCUCCAAGAUAUCUCCUCUCUCAUUAGAGAUGCAGUUGAAGAAUAUAUUAUGGAAAGCAUGUUAUGUUUUCUGAAGAGUAAAUCGAGUAAAGCGAUCACAAGUUUAAAAGAACAAAGUUGUUAUUGUCUAUCCAUUUGAAUUUAUAUCACCUUCCUCUGUGACUUGGCUGGACACUAUUUAACAAUCUAAUCGGAUCUGUAUUCCUAGGGGUAACAUCAUUAUUGUGUUGCUUCUAUUGAUUGAUAUACCCG